CAAAUCGGCUUUCUUCUGUAUCGAAGCUUUCUGCUGUGGCAUUGCUCUUCCUGCUUGUUUCUUGACACGGGAAGAUCAGGUUGACAGCGGCGAGGCCACCCCUUACCCAGAUAGUGUUGUUGACGUUCUGUCGUCUGGAACGUCGUGUCUGUCAACGACACACUUCGACAUUGUCGAGAUGGUGAAGAGGAAGCGAGGGGGGGAGCGCGAGGUGCGCUGCACACUCCGACGUCGGCCUGCUGACUCCAGUGCGGCCACCGAGGCAACUCUUGUCGACACAGGCGACUCCAACGCCAAGUAAGCACAUGGGAGCCAGGCGGGGGAGUCAGUGGGACCUAGUCAAUUCGGCUUUCUAUCUCUGUGUGUGCGCGUUUGUGUGUGAGCUCUCUCAGAAGCGACAAGUGCGGAUGCGACUUCGCACACGAUUUCGUGCGUGACAUCGUCGAGGGAAGGAAUGCGAAGGUCUACGAAGCCGAACAGCUCAGCACGGGCAUCAUCGUCGCCGUGAAGGAGGCCAAGCCUGACGGCGACUCAGCAGCUAUCGCGAGAGCCGGCCGGAAAGAGGUUCGCAUAAUGCAACUGCUGGCUGGUCACAAGCACGUCGUGAGGUUCGUCACCUCCUGCACGUGCAAGGCAAAGGGUGCAGGCGGCAACGGUGCCCUGAUGAUGGAGCUGUGCACAGGCACGCUUGACGGCUUCCGAUUCCGGCAAUACCCCACUGGUUUGCCUCCCGAGGUGCUGCGCCGAGUCCUCCGUCAGUUGGUGUCUGCUAUGGCCCAUCUGGAGGACAAGGGCGUCUGGCACUGCGACCUCAAGCCCGAAAACAUCCUGAUCAAACACCAAGGUACAGCACACUCACACCUUGCACACACAUGGAUGGAACGCUGUCUGUCUGCUUUUUGUCUGUUGCAGGAGGGCGUCUGUGUACCAAGCUUGGCGAUUUCGGCAACAGCCGAGAUGCCGACGAAACUUGUCGAAUGACACAAACCGAGAUGCAGACGCCAUCUCACCGGGCGCCAGAGGUGCAUCUGAAGGCGGCACUGGCUGCUGCAGCAAAUGGUGAGUGAACGGCACUGAACGCACUCGUAUCUGUAUCUAUCACACACACUGCUCUCGCUGGGUCGGUCCCUCGUUCUAUGGUGGGUUUUUGGCUUGUUGCAUGAUGAGUAGCUUGCCCUCUUCUGACCUGCAUUGUUCGUCCAUCAUGCGACGUGUCUGAUGACUAUGUAUUGUGAGUAGAAGGCUCCCGCAGAGAGCUGGUGGGGUGCAUGGUGUGAGCGAGGACCUAUGUGUGCAUCGGGGCAUGGGGAUGUGGUGAAACUCUCAGACACACAGACCACCCUGACACCAUAAAUCGCCAACCACCACUCAAGCUUUGCUAUGUGCACGGCUCAUGAGGUGAGAACUCGCCAGUAUCGGUUGGAAUAUUUGGGUUGUCCUGAAAUGGACUGGCAUGAGACGGCAUGGCGUGUUGAAUGAACGCUACAUGUCGCAUGCCCUCAUGGCAAUGCUGACAUGCGCGUCAGCGGAGCUCGAGUCCCAUCGAUCAGCCGUAUGGCCAGCAGAAUUCCAAGAUGCAUAGACAGACUCGUAGAUAGGCGGAGACAGACAACGUAAACAGGCGGAGAGCAACAGACAACUCGGGGGCCAGACAGACAGACAGACAGACAGGCGGGCAGACAGACAGACAGGCAGGCAGGCAGACAGUGAGGGAGGGAGGAUUGUGUGGUGGAUCGAUGUCUGUGUCGAGCCGCACCUGUCGAGCCGCUUAAUGAACCACGUAUUUGUUCCCCAUACUUGGCCGGCAACAAAUACAAGACAGUGUCUCUUCCGACGCUGUGAAAAGACAAGUGUCUCUUGUCACGCUGUCUUUUCACAUAAGACACACGAGUGUGCGCCUCACAGUCGCACUCGAUGUGUGUCAGACACAGACACGCCCACCGACGCACAAGACAAGGCGCCGUUGUCCCCCCUCUGCGUACGGGCGCACGACGUUUUUCGAGACACGGGGAGGCGCCACCAGUGGUGUUUGACUUUUGUCGCUUUUUGUCUCAUUCUCUUUCUCUGGCCGUCUGAGACAUUGACUGACUCGGCGGACCCCUCUCAACUGACUACACACAUACAUGACUAACUUACUAAUUAAUUGUAUGAGUGCGUGGAUGCCUGAAUGAUGCAUAUGGGGAGGGACCGACUCAGCGAGAGACAAACACAGACACACGAAGACGAACAGCAUGCUGACACAACAGACAUGCCAUGUUGUCUGUUCCUUCUUUGGCGUCUCCAUUGCAGGGAGAAAGACAAACUUCCCCGAGACCAUCCACAACACGGCCAAGACGGAUAUGUGGUCCGUCGCCACUACGGCCUUCAAGGUAGGUGCAAGAGACACACCAUGCGCACAAACAAAUACGCGAGGCCUCACGUGACUCCUCUCUCUUCUCUGUGUCCAUCUGGCAGGCGGCCUUCGGUGUGAGUCUGUUUCCAUACCAUAAUGAUGCUCGUCAGAUGCUCCAAGACAUCUUCAGCGUCAUGGGCGUGCCGGAGGAGGAGGAGUGGUCGGGGAUCGCCGACGUCCUCUCGCAGAUUGGCAUGGUACUGCCGGAUGCCCGUGGGUCGAGCACCGUCGCCAUCUAUAGGCGCCUUACAGCCCAUGUGCUGCUACAGCACAAGGCCUCGAAAGCGCCCCUCUUGGCGAAGGCCAACGAAAAAUACUUGCACCAAUUCAUCGCCUUCAUGGCCAGGUAAGCAUGACAGACACCUAUCAACCUGCCCCCCAUGUCCUAUCCUCCUGUGCUGCGUGCCUGUCUGUUUGUGUGUCAGGUUGGUGUGCCCUCCAGCCUCUCGCAUGACGGCCAAAGACGCCCUGAACCACUUCUUCCCGGCGAAAGGAGACGACGACUGAGCGAUCGACAACAGAUGGGGGACCAAGAGGCCGUUUCUUUGAUCAAGUGGGGCUGGGUUCAUGUUCAAGGGUGCAUAAUUGUGUGGGGGUAUGGGUGGGUGCCGUCCGAUAGGGAUGGUCCUGGUCCUUAUUUCAUGUGACACCGGCUGACUGGCUAAGCCUAGGCAGGCCGUCUGUGUCUUGCAUGUUUGUGAUGUGAUGUGAUGUGUUGUGAUGUGUUGUGUUGUGUUGUGUCGAUGCGCAUGGCAGGCAGUGAAGUCUCUCUCUCUCUCUCUCUCUCUCUCUCGUUUCCUCUGUCAGUUUUUCAAUUGCAUGGGGCACGUGGCAGAAAGUUCGGCUGCGUGUGCGACGCGUAUGUGUGCUGGAACUGUUUUCUUUUUUCAUCCCGUCUCUUGUCUUGACUUCGGCAUGGCUGGCAGACUGGGUGCCUGCGUUGUCUUAAGGAGGGAGGGCACAUGUAUAUGCAUAUCUGUGUAUUUGUAUGUGUUCGUGUGUGUCGUACAUGGCCUGGCUGUAGCGGUGAUGUCUCGUCGGCCAUCCCGCCGCCUGCCAAUCGCCGGCCGGCCGGUCGGCCGGCGAGGCUGAUCCAGACUGCUGUGUCUUUUCUGAUGUACAGCAUUAGUAAGUAAGGCACUCCCUUGGAGUGAUUUCAACGCAAUCGCCUCCCCGCAGCAAGGGGAGGAGGAGGGGGCGGGGGUGAGGGAUGCCUGUAUGGACAAUCGGUCGGCUGCAUGUCUGAGGUCCAUGGGCAUGGUCUUUUUUCUACCAACCGGGCUGCCUGCACGCUCUUCUCGGGGAGGGAAAUCACCAACUCGUCUUCUUUUUGUCGCACUUGUCGGUCACUUUUCGCUCCACCUCACCUGUGAUUCGUGCGUGUUUGUCUUUUGUGUCUGUCUGUCUGUCUGUCUGUCUGUCUGGUUGGCUGGCUGGCUGGCUGGCUGGCUGGCUGCGUCAUGGAACAGUGGGACACCAUCGUUGUACGUGGGACAGACGCGAGCACAAUUCUUCUAUCCACGAAGCAACACAACGUCUUUUCCUCUGCAGUAUACACACAUCCACAGGCAGGUCUUCACGCUCAAUGUGACAACCCCCACACCUGCAUCAAACACACACAGAUGCACACAAGCAUGGACGAGG